GACAUCCACACUGGUUCCUGCCUCAGAACCUGUCCUUCUUCAAGGAACAAUAAGCUCUCACCAUCCUGAGCGAUCUCAACAUGAAGAUGCUGCUACUCAUGGUGACCUUGACAUUGGCGGUUGUGGUAGCAGCAGACGUCGUCAAACGGUCAGACGAUGUCAGCCCACUGCAAGUUGUGGUCAACAAUCUCUCGCAGGAUGUCACAACAUUACUGGCAAGAAUCACAGCACUAGAAAAUUCUAUAGAACGGAAGGCGUCGUUUCUCGGUCAGCUGCCCAUAACCAGUGAUGGACGGACCAACGUGCCAAAACAAGCUCCCAUCCAUUUCUCUGAAGUCUUUGACCUCGGAGAUGGCUUCAACCCCGUGACAGGAGUGUACACAGCCAAGUACUCGGGAGUCUAUGUCAUCAACUUCCAGAUGUUCCCAGAUUUCACUAACGAGGGCUUUCAGGUUGACCUAAAGAUGAAUGGCAACCUUCUGGUGAGAUCCCGAACGACUGAGAUCACAACCUACGCAGCCUCCGUGUCGUCAGGCGUGUCUGUGCGUGUCCGGGCCGCCGACCAACUCUGGGUGGAGACCUCCAUGGAGGGCAUGUACUGGGGUAGGGUUCAUUCCUUCCUCUCUAUCACUCUGGUUACUCCUGAGGCUUAACGACAACGUGGUCUUCAUGUAAAUAUGUCAAUGAACGGAAAUGCAGAGACGGGGUGAAAGCCGGUAACAAGUUAAAAUGAUAUCCACCUCGUUGUCUUUCUUUUGAUUUAUUGAGUAUAAACUUUAAACCAACUCAGAGACACCAGCGGACUGUAACAUAGAUGAUACAAAGUGAUUAUUUCUGUCAUGUACAGCUCACAUAAUAAUUACUAACAGCAGAACAUGGCCGUCGAUCUUUUGCUGUGUAACUCUGACUUGUUACAAAACAUCUUCGUAUCUAAAGUUGCCUUUGUCCUCAAGUAUAAGUACAUACUCAGUCAUUUA